AAUCUAAUGAAACAAUACGAUGGACAAAAAUCGAGAUGACAUUAGGACUACAAAACAUCUGGUUCACAAAGCUGAAAGUAAUAGAUCUAAAUCUGGUUUGGAUGAGCCAGAUGAGCUCCCCAAAGAUCUGAGCAUUUCCUACUGGGAUUUAAUUACGUUGGUCCUAGCUAUUGUUAGCCAUGUUAUUGAUGUUUGCAUUGAUUACAAUGUCGCCUAUCAGUAUUACAGAUAUGAAAAGCAUAAUUAUUUUGUAUUGACGGUUAUUUUCAUAGCAGUUCCGUCCAUAAUAAAUACAUAUAUGAGUUUAAAAAUUUAUUCUAUUCAAGAAGAUGUGCAAAGAAUUACCCAAAAAUUACUUUCAAAUCGACUAUUAUUACCUUUCUUAUUGAUAUUUCAAAUGGCUCCUGUAUUAAGGUAUUAUGAUGUAUUGAAAUAUGCGCUAAAGUCUCGUAGUGCUGCUCGUAAAGGAAAUUAUGAUGAUCAGAAGAACUACUAUGCAUUAAUGGCUAAAGAAGACUCCUAUGUGUCAUUGUUACGAAUCUUUGAGUGUUUUUUAGAAGCUGUCCCUCAACAAAUAUUACAAAUAUUUAUAGUUUUAGCUGAGAAAAAACAUGGUUCUACUUUUCAAAGUAAUAUAACUAUUUGUAAUUUUAAUACUGAGUAGAUACCUACUAUUUUAAACACCCAAUAGUCAAGGUAUUGGCACACUGAGUUUUAGGAUUUCUUACAUUUGACUACAGUUAAGCUGUACAUUUAAAUAAUUUGAUUCAAUUAUAUUUUCUAUUAAUUUUUGUACUAAUUUCUCAUUAUAAUUUAAAAAUUAAAUUAUGGUCAAACACUCAUCACCAGCCUAUAUUUUGAGUAGCCCACCAAGAUUAUUUCAUUAUCUUGCUGGCUUAAUCUUGAGUCUGACUGUUGUUGAUAAUUUUUUGAGAUAUAAGUCCACAAUAAAUUUGUAAAAUAUUGAAACUUUAAAAUGCA